UAAAUAUUUUAAAUUAUGUGUUUCCAUCAAAUCCACAAUGCCAGAACUUGGAAUGAAUUUAUUGCACAGACAGCUGGUAAGUUGGAAUUAGAGGGAAGGGGUUAAACUGUCCCAAGUUAGCCGGUUUGACGGUACAGUCUUGCAAUACUUCUCCCUUUGUCAAAGACAGCUGAACUAAUGUUCAAAAAUUCAACUUCUCUUUAUUUAGAAAAUUUGUAACUCCACAAUGGUUGAGUUCAAAGCCACUAAUCGGUGAGUCAACGAUGAAAUCGGUGAGUGAACGUGGCUCUGAACGAAGCACUGAUCGUUCUAACUGAUCAGGAAAAAAAUUACGUCACAUCCGGUUCAUUAACUGAUCUGUUCAUCGCUUUUUUCCACCGAUUACUUUUUCUGUUCUUUCUGAACAUAAACAAACAUCAUGGAUGAAUUUGAAGUUCUUUAUGAAUCGAAUGGACUCUAUUAUAAUGUUAUUGGAACCAGAGAAUUACAUGAUUACUUGAAGUCAAGUCCUGAGAAUGUGAAAACAUUUUUUAAGGAAAAUGUUGGAAACCUGGAGGUGCAGGGUGUUGCUGGGUCCACGGGUGGUGUUGAAGAUUCGAGCAAAGGUUCUCCAGAAUUCAGAUGGACGCAUGAAAAGAUUACCCUGCUUCUAGCAGGGUAUAAGAGAAGAAAAGCGCAGUUUCGCGAUCCAAAACAGAAGAAAAAUAACCUUUGGAGGGACAUUGCCGGAGAAUUCCAUGCUCUUGGGCACACUUCGGUGACCCAUGACAUGGUCGACAACAAAUUUCGGAAUUUGAAAAGAACUUUUACACAGAUAAUGGACAAUCAAAACAAGACAGGAGAGGUGCGAUUAAGUGGGAAUUUUUUGAAAUGUUUCUAGAAAUUUUUCAUGAGGACAAGUCUGUCAACCUGGAUAGGUCUUAAUUUCCUCAUCACCCUUUCUAUCUUCCCCUCAUGCUGCAUCCAUAGACCGACAGACUCACCCAACUACAUCAUCAU